GCCGAGCCCGGGGCUACGUGAGGGGUCCCGAGCGGCGCCCCCUGCGGGCUGGGAGAGCAUCAGCCUCUUAACCGGAGGGUCGGGGGUUCGAGGCCCCGCCCCGGCACGGCGGUCAGGCGAGGCCGGGGACUCGCGGCCUGCGGGGGCCGCCAUGGCCGAGCCGGAGCUGGGGAUCCGCUUCCAGCGCCGCUUCCUGGCGGCCCGGCAGCUCCGCUCCUUCCCCUGGCUGGAACUGGAACAAAACCUACAGACUUCGCUGGAUUCCUCCCUGCUGGUGGAUAUUCUGCACAAGACCAUUCUCCACCCUCUGUGUGUAAAAUAUCCCCCUUCCACCAAGUACAGAAGAUGCUUUCUGACUGAACUCAUCAAAAAGCACGAGUCCACAGCAGCUGAACCACUGGAUGAACUGUAUGAUGCACUGGCAGAUAUUUUAAAUGAAGAAGAAUCUACUCGCUGUUACAAAAGCUACUUACUGCCCACGGGAGGAUGUGUUACCCUGUCCGAGAGCGUGGCAAUUAUCUCUGGUGGAACCACGGGGCUCGUCACGUGGGACGCUGCUCUUCAUCUCGCGGAAUGGGCAAUAGAGAACUCUGCGGUUUUCAGUAACAGGACAGUCUUGGAAUUAGGAAGUGGGAUCGGCUUCACUGGAAUUGCAAUCUGUAAAACCUGCAACCCUAAAACAUACAUAUUUAGUGACCACCACCAUGGCGUUCUCCAACAGCUGGCAGAAAACAUCUGUUUGAAUGGCUUUGUCUUGGAGUCUGAAACUACCCAGCGUAUCCAAACGGAGAACGGAGGCCAGGAGGCAGAAGCAACAAAUUACCAAAACCCAAAACUAGUUGUUGCAGAACUGGACUGGGGCUCAGUUACAGGAAAACAACUGUUGGAUCUUCAGCCUGAUGUCAUAAUUGCAGCAGAUGUGGUAUAUGAUCCAGAGAUAACUUUAGCCCUUAUUGCUGUGCUACAAAACCUCUCCACUUCCAGAGGAGAUAGAAACCCUCCUGAGGUCUACAUCGCUUCCACCAUUCGUAACCCUGACACUUACUGCCUGUUCCAGGCUGAACUUGACAAAGUCGGGAUCAGAUGGCAGAUUAUUCCAGCAGCCAGCAACAGUACUUUUCUCUAUGAUGUGCAGCCAAAUGUAACUAUUCUACAGCUAUUUAUAUAGACUUGAAAACUGUGACAGCAUUAGGAUUUUCAGACCAACAAGGGCUAUCUUGUCCUUGCAAUAAGAUUAUCUUGAAUUUAGGAAUGUACAUAAGAGGCACUGAGGAUACAACUAUAUGCAUGGACGCUUGUCAAAAUGAGUUCUGUUUCUGCUUGUAAUUGUCAGCAGGUAUGCAAGCUGCUGCCCCUGAAAAGUACCUGUGAACCUCAAGCAACAGCAAAAAACCCCCUAACUGUACUGCAUUUUGAUUCCACAGAAGACAACAGAAUGGAACUGUAUUUUGUUUUCAACUUUGCUUUGUAAAUAAGAGGCACAUUUGCAGGAUCACAGGAUGAUUCUCUCUCACUGACAAGGGAGGGAAACAAUGUUUCAUAGUAAUAAAUAUUUUUAACAUUAAAAUUAGCUAUAAUUGUUGUCUACUUUUUUACUUGUCUUUAUAUCCUUGCAUACUUGCAGUACGUGUCAUCUUAGAAAUUAAUAAUAAUACCUAGAGUGACGACAGUAGUAUCACAAGCUUACAUGAUGCUGUAAGAGAAGGUAAUUGGUGCUGCUGUAAACAAAGUGCAUCUUGAUCCUGCAGUGAUGGCAAAAAUCAGAAUUCGAUUUACAUUUCUCACACACGGGCUGUCAUUUUCACCCCUGGCUAUCAGGACACCAUCCUCUCAGACUGGCCAGAAAAGACAGAGAGAAUUGUACUCAGCAAUGCUCUAAGUAUACCGCAAGGAGGAAGGACUUAUCUCACCUGCUCUGAAAUCUUCCAUUAUCCCUUAAUCAUUUUCCUGUUGGACAGUAUUGGUCCUGAAGCAGAAAAAAAAACCUAAAUGUUUCCUCUUUCUCCUCUCUUUACUUCCUUUUCUGUACCUUGUUUUUAAAGCUACUUUAAAGAAAAUGAACAAGUACUUCAGCUUCCUCCUUCUGUAGUAAUAGACGAUAGGUAAUUUUAAGAAUCACCUUGUGCUUCCAGUUGAAGGAGGCCAGUUGGAUAUAUAGAAGUUAACCCCCUAUGCUUUGGUUUAGAAUUUUGGAUCUAACAUUUUUAUUACAGGAAGAUGAAAGCUCUCUAAACCUUUCGGUAUUACCAUUUAGAGAAGUGCCUAAUUCACCUCGCUGUGUGUUAUCAAUGGCUAAAGGGGAAUGGCCAUACCACCAGACAGAAUUUUGCUUGAAAACAGAAAAAAAAUAAAAUCAGCUAAUAAAUCUUCAUGGAUCAUUCUUCAGCCAAGAAGCUAAUGGAAUUGCCAAACCCCUGCAGUAAGGAACCUGCAUCCUUUUCACCUUCACACCAGCGGAACCAAAUCACUCUCAAUCUUUUCUCAAGAGCGUCUAAUGUAACCACGGUGCAGAAAGGAAAGGCGAGAUUAGCAAAGGGCUGUCCAGCUUGACAAAAGCGGAUAUUAAACAAUUACUCAGCAAGGACGUUUAAAAAUGCUGGUGCAGAAACCACCACUGACCUAAGUACUCUGAAGUGGCUCAACACAAGCAGUAACCUCAUGAUAAAACCAACUGCAUUUAUCCCUUAAAUGACUGACAUCUAUUUUACAAAGAAUCUAAAAGGUGAUAAAAAGCAUCUUGUAAGCAGUACGUCUGCAUAUGAAUACUGAUAGCAACAAUAAAAGAUGAAGGGUUUACCUGAAUGAGCACUCAGAAAGUGAAAUGCCCUUUUAUUAAGUUAUACAUACUUUAAUAAUCUCUUUUGGUUUUAUUUUUUUCCUUUUCUAUUCAUCUGUUCAAAAAGAGCUAAAUUUUAGGUUCUUCCUCAAGGUAAAUGGGCACAUUCACCUCAGUGUACAAGGACAACACUCACUGAAAGGUGUAUUUUCCUCCAAGUGUUCAAUAAAGCUGUCACAUACCA